UGCGACCUGGGCAUAUACUCGGGCUGCGGGAAGGGAGCCGGGAGCAUAAAGCCGCCUGAGCCCCGAGCAACGCAGCGGCUGGGCCUUUGGGGGUGCCUUGGGAUCUUCCUCCUGUUUCCAAAGUCAAGGCAGGACCGGCUGCAUGAAGGCUCGGUAGCCCCUGGGGAAACCACCACCACCACCACUCUUCCUCUUCCUCCUCCUGCCUCGUCCCACUAAGGCCCUGCAUGUCUAACAUUUAGACAUGUUUCGCCGUGUGGAUUCAAGGACUCUAGUGCUCCUGGCAGCCGCUCAGGUCGUUUUAUUAGCAGUGGUCCAAUGUCAGGAUGAGGAUAUACAGGAGGCAGGCAGCUGUGUACAGGAUGGGCAGAGGUAUAGUGAUAAAGAUGUAUGGAAACCCGAACCCUGCCGGAUUUGUGUCUGUGACACUGGGACGGUCCUCUGCGAUGACAUACUCUGCGAAGAAAUGAGAGAUUGUCCUAACCCCGAGAUCCCCUUCGGAGAAUGUUGCCCCAUCUGUCCAACUGACCAGCCUACCACCAGUGGGCAACCUGGACCUAAGGGACAAAAAGGAGAACCCGGUGAUAUUAAAGAUGUUGUAGGACCAAGAGGCCCCCCUGGACCACAGGGACCUUCUGGUGAACAAGGACCAAGAGGAGAACGUGGAGAUAAAGGAGAAAAAGGUACCCCUGGCCCCCGCGGCAGAGAUGGCGAACCUGGUACACCUGGCAACCCUGGCCCUCCUGGACCCCCAGGCCCUCCAGGCCCCCCUGGUCUUGGCGGAAACUUUGCUGCUCAGAUGGCUGGAGGAUUUGAUGAGAAAGCUGGCGGUGCUCAGAUGGGAGUGAUGCAAGGACCUAUGGGACCUAUGGGACCACGAGGGCCCCCAGGACCACCAGGAUCUCCUGGCCCUCAAGGAUUUCAAGGCAGCCCUGGAGAACCCGGAGAAUCUGGCGCUAGUGGUCCAAUGGGUCCUCGUGGGCCAGCUGGACCUCCUGGAAAACCUGGCGAUGAUGGUGAAUCAGGCAAACCUGGCAAAUCUGGAGAACGUGGACUACCUGGGCCUCAGGGCGCUCGAGGUUUUCCUGGGACCCCAGGUCUUCCUGGUGUAAAAGGACACAGAGGAUUCCCUGGAUUAGAUGGUUCCAAAGGAGAAGCCGGCGCUCCAGGUGCUAAGGGUGAAUCUGGGUCUCCUGGUGAGAAUGGUUCUCCUGGCCCCAUGGGUCCCCGUGGUCUCCCAGGUGAGAGAGGACGUCCUGGCUCUUCUGGUGCUGCUGGUGCUCGUGGUAACGAUGGUCUUCCUGGUCCAGCUGGUCCACCUGGACCCGUUGGUCCUGCUGGAUCCCCAGGCUUCCCAGGUGCACCAGGUGCAAAGGGUGAAGCUGGCCCUACUGGUGCUCGUGGGCCUGAGGGUGCACAAGGUUCCCGCGGUGAGCCUGGAAACCCUGGCUCUCCUGGCCCGUCAGGAGCUUCCGGCAACCCUGGAAGUGAUGGAAUCCCUGGUGCCAAAGGAUCUGCUGGUGCUCCUGGCAUUGCUGGUGCUCCUGGUUUCCCUGGUCCCCGUGGACCACCUGGGCCUCAAGGGGCAACUGGGCCUUUGGGUCCCAAAGGUCAGGCGGGAGAACCUGGAAUUGCAGGUUUCAAAGGUGAACAAGGCCCCAAGGGUGAACAUGGCCCUGCUGGCCCACAAGGGCCUCCUGGACCAGCUGGCGAGGAAGGCAAGAGAGGUGGCCGUGGUGAACCAGGAUCUGCAGGGCCCAUUGGACCACCUGGUGAGAGGGGUGCUCCCGGAAAUCGUGGUUUCCCAGGACAAGAUGGAUUAGCUGGUCCCAAGGGUGCUCCUGGUGAACGUGGUCCUCCUGGUCUUGGAGGUCCCAAAGGUGCUAGUGGAGAUCCUGGCCGUCCUGGAGAGCCCGGCCUUCCUGGUGCUAGGGGUCUCACUGGUCGCCCCGGUGAUGCUGGUCCUCAAGGCAAGCUUGGUCCAUCUGGUGCUCCUGGUGAAGACGGACGACCUGGUCCCCCUGGUCCACAAGGUGCCCGUGGUCAGCCUGGUGUCAUGGGCUUCCCAGGACCCAAAGGUGCUAAUGGUGAAGCUGGCAAAGCUGGUGAAAAAGGACUUCCUGGUGCUCCUGGACUAAGAGGUCUUCCUGGCAAAGAUGGUGAGACAGGAGCAGGUGGACCUCCAGGACCUGCUGGCCCAGCUGGUGAGAGAGGUGAACAAGGUGCUCCAGGACCUUCUGGAUUCCAGGGUCUUCCAGGUCCCCCAGGUCCUCCAGGUGAAAAUGGAAAAGCAGGUGACCAAGGUGUUCCUGGUGAGGCUGGUGCUCCAGGUCUUGUUGGUCCCAGAGGUGAACGUGGCUUCCCAGGUGAACGUGGGUCUGCAGGUGCCCAAGGUUUGCAAGGUCCGCGUGGGCUUCCUGGCACUCCUGGAACUGAUGGACCCAAGGGUGCAACUGGUCCUCCUGGUGCCCUCGGAGCACAAGGGCCUCCCGGUCUGCAGGGAAUGCCUGGUGAGAGAGGAGCUGCAGGUAUCGGUGGACCAAAAGGAGACAGGGGUGAUGUUGGUGAGAAGGGUCCAGAAGGUGCACCUGGCAAAGAUGGAAGCAGAGGUUUGACUGGUCCCAUUGGUCCUCCUGGCCCAUCUGGUGGAAAUGGAGAGAAGGGUGAAGCUGGUCCUCCUGGCCCAUCUGGUGCAGCUGGUGCUCGUGGGGCCCCUGGUGACCGUGGUGAACCUGGUGCUCCUGGUCCUGCUGGAUUUGCUGGUCCCCCUGGUGCUGAUGGCCAACCUGGUGCUAAAGGCGAGCAAGGUGAAUCUGGACAGAAGGGAGAUGCUGGGUCUCCAGGUCCUCAAGGCCCAUCCGGGGCUCCUGGCCCACAGGGUCCAAAUGGUGUGACUGGUCCAAAAGGAGCUCGUGGUGCCCAGGGACCCCCAGGUGCCACUGGAUUCCCUGGUGCAGCCGGACGAGUGGGACCACCAGGUCCCAAUGGUAAUCCUGGAGCCGCUGGCCCACCAGGUGCUUCUGGGAAAGAUGGCCCCAAAGGUGCUCGUGGUGAUGCAGGCCCAACUGGUCGUGCUGGUGAUCCUGGUUUGCAAGGCCCUGCUGGUGCCCCAGGCGAGAAGGGAGACUCUGGCGAAGAUGGCCCUCCUGGUGCUGAUGGCCCACCUGGACCUCAAGGUUUGGCUGGUCAAAGAGGCAUUGUGGGUCUCCCUGGUCAGCGUGGUGAGAGAGGCUUCCCUGGACUUCCUGGUCCUUCUGGUGAGCCUGGCAAACAAGGAGCUUCUGGCGGUCCUGGUGACAGAGGUCCCCCUGGCCCUGUUGGUCCCCCUGGUCUGACUGGUCCCUCUGGUGAACCUGGGCGUGAGGGCAAUCCUGGUGCAGAUGGUCCCCCUGGAAGAGAUGGUUCUGCUGGAGUGAAGGGUGAUCGUGGUGAGACUGGUCCUGCUGGUGGCCCUGGUGCUCCUGGCCCACCUGGCUCUCCGGGCCCCAUUGGUCCAACUGGCAAACAAGGAGACCGAGGCGAAUCAGGUGCUCAAGGUCCAUUGGGUCCACCUGGUCCUGCAGGGGCACGUGGCAUGCCUGGUCCACAAGGUCCUCGUGGUGACAAGGGCGAAGCUGGCGAGGCAGGGGAGCGCGGUCUGAAGGGACACAGAGGAUUCACUGGUCUUCAGGGUCUUCCUGGACCUCCUGGUCCUUCUGGAGAUCAAGGAGCAAGUGGUCCUGGUGGUCCCUCCGGACCCAGAGGUCCCCCAGGCCCUGUUGGCCCCUCUGGCAAAGAUGGUUCCAAUGGCAUGCCUGGUCCAAUUGGUCCUCCUGGUCCACGUGGUCGUAGUGGUGAAACUGGCCCAGCUGGUCCUCCUGGAAAUCCUGGACCUCCUGGUCCUCCUGGCCCUCCUGGUCCUGGUAUUGACAUGUCAGCCUUUGCUGGCCUGGGUGGGAGGGAGAAAGGGCCUGAUCCUCUCCGUUACAUGCGAGACGACCAGUCUUCUGGAAACCUGCGGCAGCAUGAUGUUGAGGUCGAUGCUACCCUGAAGUCACUCAACAACCAGAUUGAAAGCAUCCGAAGUCCAGAAGGCAGCAGGAAAAACCCAGCUCGUACUUGCCGUGACCUGAAACUCUGCCACCCUGAAUGGAAGAGUGGUGACUAUUGGAUUGAUCCAAACCAGGGCUGCACUUUGGAUGCCAUCAAGGUUUUCUGCAAUAUGGAGACUGGAGAGACUUGUGUCUAUCCCAAGCCUAGCAGCAUUCCCAAGAAGAACUGGUGGACAAGCAAGAGCAAGGAUAAGAAGCAUGUCUGGUUCGGAGAGACCAUCAAUGGAGGUUUCCACUUUAGCUACGGAGAUGACAACUUGGCUCCUAACACUGCCAACAUCCAGAUGACUUUCCUGCGCCUCUUGUCAACGGAAGGCUCACAGAACCUCACCUACCACUGCAAGAACAGCAUUGCCUACAUGGACGAGGCCUCUGGGAACCUUAAGAAAGCUCUCCUGAUCCAGGGAUCCAAUGAUGUGGAGAUCAGAGCUGAGGGCAACAGCAGGUUUACAUACAGUGCCUUGCAGGAUGGCUGCACGAAACACACUGGCAAAUGGGGUAAGACAAUAAUUGAAUACAGAUCUCAGAAGACCUCACGCCUGCCCAUCGUUGACAUUGCACCUAUGGACAUUGGUGGAGCUAAUCAGGAAUUCGGCGUUGACAUUGGCCCCGUGUGCUUUUUGUAAAAGAACAAAAAUUUAAAUAAUUAAAAUUAUUUUUUAAAAAACCAGUCCAGUACCAUAUGAAACCAACCCAAGGACCCACAUACUUCCCAAUCACUUGUAGGACUUUCUGCACUGAACAGUCGGAAAAAGAAUCCUGUCCCUUUUCCAAAACGCUUACAUUUUGGUCUCUCUCUUUCUCUCUCUCAAUAUCUGAGGCCGCCAUCAUGCGGGCAGACUGCAAAACAAGCAGAAGAAACAAAAAAGGAACAACAAAUAAUGAUAUUAUUUAUUUAUUGUCUUCCUGUAAGGCCUUUCUUGGGUCAGAUGGAGGUAGGAAGCUAACUGGAAUGCAUGAAGGGUCCCUUCCUUCCCCCCCACAAUGUUGAUGUCCCACAUACAAGGUUGUAGCCAAUUCUUCCCCAGCCUGGGUGUGUAUCACAAGCAAGAUUACUGUGUAUAAUACUAAAGAUGGUGCUAUUAUUGUAAAACAAGUCUGUAUUUUUUAACAUCAGUUGAUAUAAAAACCUUCGUUGGAAAGUACAAGUUGAUCUGAUGUUUGUUGUUAUUUUGCUUCUGUCCACCAUACUGAAUUCUACCGAGUCUGAGUCUUCUCCCAUCUCCUUUGUCGUCUCUUCCUUUUCUCUCCCCUCCCAUCAAUGAAGUCAUAGGGUAAACUUUCAAACUUCCAUGGUUUUAAAGCUACCUCACACUAAAAGAAAAAAAACACCAAAACCAAACCAAAAAAGAAAAAAUCCCAAGACAAAGACUAUUAAUUCCUAUUUGUAAUUAUACUGCCAAACUUACAAAAGAGCUGAGACACAGGUUGGGGAAACAUUGCCCUCCUGCAGUCAUAGUGGUGCUAAGACAUUUGUGUUUUCUUGUCCUGAGCUCCCUUCCUGUUUUAAACUUGGGAGAUGGCCAGUUUCCUCAGAAGCAUCUCCAAAGUUACUUUAAUUGCUGUACAUUUUUAUAAAAGUGAUGUAAUUUUAUUAGGCUAACUGUGACCAUAAUCAGUAAGCUUUUGACACAAAGUUCUGCACAAAGGUGCAAAAAUUGUUUUAUAAUUCUGGAGCCAACACAGCAAGUUUGGUGUAAAUUAAAUAAACAACACUUGCCAUCCUUUUCCCUCUUUUUCUCUCUCCCCCCACCCAGCCUCCGUCAUGCUUUUUUAUUUCUAUUCUUUUACUUUUGAAAUUUGUGAACCAAGGAGAGAGGCAGGAAGGCAGAGUGUUGUUAAGUGCGGAGUGAGAAGAAGAACAGAUUGUUGUUACCUAGAAAACAGAACAACCUCUUAUUUUUAAUAUGUAAAAUAACAUUUGUAAAAAUUUAGUCUAGCCCAUGAUCUCAUGCUCCCCUUUCCUCCACACUUUUUCCCAACCAUUCCCAAGAUCAGUCUUUUUCUACUUCAUUUCUGCUUCCCCUGAACCCUUCAUCCCUGCACUCAAGGUAGAAUGCUUUUUACCUAUUCCAAAUAAAAACAUCUUUGUUGA